CCAGGCGCAGAAGAGCAGAGCAAAGCAAAGCGCUAGCCCUCUCUUCCUCCAGCACUUGUUGCUCCCCUCCCUUCCCCUCAAGCUAAGCCCGGCCUCCACUGAAUCUUUGGUGGUAGCUAGCUAGCUACUAGUAGUCAUGCACAGCUACAGAGCCAUGCACCCGUACGCCCACCACCCGUACCAGCACCACGCCGCCGUUCCCCCCCUGCAGGGUGGCGGCAAGCAGCAGCACGGCGGGGACGACGACGACGACGACCAGUCCAUGCUCCUCCUCUCCCUCUGGCCCCCCGGCCACCACCACGGCGCCUCCUCGGCCUGCUCGUCCUCCCCCUCCAUCACCUCCACCGCCACCUCCAUGUCCAUGGCCGCCGCUUCCUACCCUUGGCUCAGCCACCACCAGGGCCAGUACGGCAACGGCGGAGGGGGCAGCAGCAGCAGCAGCCACAGCAGCUUCCUGUUCCACGAGCAGGCGGCGGAGCCCGACGUGAGCAUAUCGCUCUCCAUCGCCCCACCGUGCGGCAGCGCGGGCUUCGCCGCCGCGCCUGCCGCACCGUCGACGGUGACGACGCCCGUGGCUCCCGGCGGCAGCCAGCAGGUGCCCAGCCAGUACUGGAUCCCCUCCGCCGCCGAGAUCCUCGUCGGCUCCACGCAGUUCUCCUGCGCCGUCUGCAACAAAACCUUCAACCGCUUCAACAACAUGCAGAUGCACAUGUGGGGCCACGGGUCGCAGUACCGCAAGGGGUCGGAGUCCCUGCGCGGCGCGAUCACGGUGGGCACGGCGCCGCCGGCGUCGCUGAUGCGGCUGCCGUGCUACUGCUGCGCGGAGGGGUGCCGGAACAACAUCGAGCACCCGCGGGCGCGGCCGCUCAAGGACUUCCGCACGCUGCAGACGCACUACCGCCGGAAGCACGGCGCGCGGCCGUACGCGUGCCGGCGCUGCGGCAAGCGCUUCGCCGUGCGCGGCGACUGGCGCACGCACGAGAAGAACUGCGGCAAGCUCUGGUUCUGCGUCUGCGGCUCCGACUUCAAGCACAAGCGCUCGCUCAAGGACCACGUGCGCUCCUUCGGCGGCGGCCACGCGCCGCACAUCGUCGAGUCCGUCGGCGGCGCCGCCGAGGACGACGAGGAGGACGACGCCGACCACGACGACGCCGACAUGCCGCUGCCGGACAUGAUGGACGACAGCGGCAGCGGCGCCGGGGGCGCCGACCCCACCGACAUGGUCGUCGUCUAGCUACCUUGCAGUCCAGCAGACUUCUACUACUAGCUACAUCGAGGCUACUAGCUACUUAGUACUAUUACUCUAGCUAUCUACAAGUUCGCUCGCCGUGCUUAAUUAGCCGCUAUAGCUUUAAUUUAUUUUGCUCUCUUAUUAUUAAUUAGUCAUCUAGCUAGCUUAUAGAGAGCUUAUUCCACCGUAUCCUAGCUACCUUUUAGUUGCAAGCUAAUUAAGCAAGUAUGAUUUCAUGAUGA